AUGUCGUCGUCUGCAGCUGCUCCCACCCCCGAGUCCAAGCUCGCAACCCUCAAGGCCGCCGCCCUCAAAGCCUACUCGCAAAAAGAUUACGCGGUAUCCACCGAGCUCUACGCCAGCGCCUGCGAACUCCAGUCCACUAUCCAUGGCGAGAACAACCCUAAAAACGCGCAUCUGCUCUACCUCUAUGGGCGCUCGCUUUUUGAAGUCGCAGUUAAGAAGAGCGAUGUUCUCGGCGGUGUCAAGGAGGACAACAGCGCCAGCACCAAGGAGGUGAAGAAGGACUCUACAAAGAAGGAAAAGGUAAAGGUAGAGGUAAAGCCAUUGGAAACGGGCCAGAAGGCCGGCUUAUUCCAGUUCAUGGGUGACGAGAAUUGGGACGACACGGACGAAGAGGACGAGGACGAGGAGGACGGCGACGAGAAGGAUGAGAAGGAGAAAGCAGACGAUGACGACGACUUUACGCUCGCGUGGGAGAUACUGGACUAUGCGCGCGUGCUGUUCGAGAAGCAGUUAUCCCCCGAGGCCAAGGCUGAGACAGAGACCAAGGCUGAGACAGAGACCAAGGCCGAGACAGAGACCAAGGCUGAGAACGGAACCACAGAGCCCGGAUCCGCCGAUGCUGCUGCUGACUCCGAGCCCGCCGCCGAGUUGACAGAAGACGAGACCCACUCGCUCAAAGUCAUGCUCGCCGACACCUACGAUAUCCUCGGCGAAGUCUCGCUCGAAUCCGAGUCCUUUGCGCAAGCCGCCAAGGAUCUUGCCUCCGCCCUGGACCUCAAGCUCACCCUCUACCCGCAAGAAUCCACGCUUAUCUCAGAAGCGCACUUCAAGCUCUCCCUCGCGCUCGAGUUUACCGCCGCCGCAGAAGAUGUUUCGCCCAGCGACCGCGCCAAGGGUCGCGAUGCCGCCGCCAAGCAGAUGGAGAAGGCCAUCGCAUCCUGCCGCGCGCGCAUUGCGAAGGAAGAGGCAGAGCUUGGCGUGGACGAGAGUGGUAAAAGGAAAGGGAAGGAGGUGGUCACGAAGAGUCUCAAGGACGCCCGGGAAAUGGUUGAGGAGCUUGAGACAAGACUCGUGGAUCUAAGAACGCCAGAAACGGUACCCGGCCAAGAGAAACUGGAGGGCCUAUUGGGACAGCUGAUCGGCGAGGAUCAGGUCGGCGCCAAGAAGAGGAUCGAGGAGGCCAUGAGUAAGGCCAAUGAUCUGACCGGGCUGGUCAGAAAGAAGGUGAAGGUUGAGGAGCCUGCUCCUACGCCUGCGCCUGCACCCGAAAAGAAGGAGCAGGAGAAGGUAGAUGUUGUGGUUGGCGAGAGCAAGGGCGGCAAGAGAAAGCUUGACGACCUCGCUGAAGAAGCCGCACCAGAAGACCAGAGUGAGAAGAGCGAGGGCGAGAAUAAAAAGGCCAAGGUCGAGACCGAGACAGAGGAGAAGUAA